AUGGGACAACAAUCGUUGAUCUACAGCUUCGUCGCUCGGGGUACGGUGAUCCUCGCCGAAUAUACAGAGUUCAAAGGAAAUUUCACAUCCGUCGCCGCUCAAUGCCUCCAGAAGCUUCCGUCCUCAAACAACAAAUUUACCUACAAUUGCGAUGGUCACACUUUCAAUUAUCUCGCUGAGAAUGGUUUCACCUAUUGUGUUGUUGUUAUUGAAUCUGCUGGGAGGCAGAUACCAAUGGCAUUCUUGGAGCGAGUCAAGGAAGAUUUCAGCAAGAGAUAUGGUGGUGGAAAAGCCAACAAUGCUAAAGCCAACAGCCUGAACAAAGAAUUCGGGCCUAAACUCAAACAGCACAUGCAAUAUUGCGUGGAUCAUCCCGAGGAGAUUAGCAAACUUGCCAAGGUUAAGGCUCAAGUGACUGAAGUGAAAGGUGUUAUGAUGGAGAACAUUGAGAAGGUCCUUGACCGUGGUGAGAAAAUCGAGCUAUUAGUAGACAAAACUGAGAAUCUUCGCUCACAGGCGCAAGAUUUUAGAGCACAAGGAACAAAGAUUAAAAGAAAAAUGUGGUUUGACAACAUGAAGAUAAAGCUCGUAGUUUUCGGCAUCGUCGUCGCUUUGAUUCUCAUCAUCAUCUUGUCGGUUUGCCAUGGCUUCAAGUGUACUUAA